CCUUUGUGCCUAUUAAUAGAUAACAACGCCAAUAUGUAAGAUCACCCGCAUAAACAAAGACGCUUCACUACAGACACUUGAUAUUCAGCGACAAGAGCAAUACUGCGGCUACAUUGUUAUGGAAAGACAGUUAUGCAGGAGGGGACGGUCCUAGUUGACUGACAACAGCACACGAAAACAGGUGCCCGGGGCUGUUACGAACUCGCGAUGCAGGGAUUGGAUUUGGGUGCCGUGCUGCACUUGACAGAGCAAAUGACGCCCUUUUUGAAGUUGCUCGAUUUUAAGGAAGAGGACAUAACUCAGGGCGAAUUGAGACCGCACCUUCAUGAACUGUCUUCAAUACAGACGCCGUCGUCUGAAGCAUCGUCGGUUUCCUUGACUUCCUCUUCAAAUGCCAGCGGCCCUGAGACGGUGAGGUCCUACCUGGAGCAUUCCUGUAACGUAAACUUUGAAGCUAUUAACAGUGCCGGAAACACAAUCCUACACUGUAUCACUUUAGCCCUAACGGAGAAACACAAUGACACAACGAACAUCGUCUUGCUGGAACUGUUUGACAGAGUGGUCUCAUUUUCAGUCUUUUUGAAACCUUUUUUGCAUGACUUUCAAAGACACAAACGGGAGUGCAUACUUCACUUGACCACUGAUAUAAAAAAUACUAAGGAAUUAUCUGUUCUUGAGCUGGCUUUCCAUCUUGCGGCGUAUCCUGUGGUCGAGAGGCUGAUGAUGAUGGAGGAGGUGAUGUGCACUGAUAAGAAGUACACUUCCGAGGUGUGCACCUUCCUCCGUCAAUAUGACAUCACCAACAUAACUCCUCUUACAAAUGGUUCCGUGUCGCGCUGCAUGACUACCGAGUGUGUGCCCGAGCCUUCCUGCCUUGAAAGGAUGUUAACACGUUCGCCUGAAUGUGCAGAUCGUGUCCUAGACAUCCCCCCUGUCAGGGCAAUCGAGAAGAUGUAUAAUUCUGUGACCACCAAAAUCUAUGUCUUCAUCACAUUGAUGCAUAUAGUGUACAUGUCGGUAUUCAGCUAUGCUAGUUGUGAGGUAAUGGCCAGCGACAGAAAUGGCACUCGAAGCACAAGCACGUAUGAUGCGAGACUACUGUUUUACACCACCAGUCUAAUUGAACCAACAUUGUUUACUUUAUAUUUUUUGUACGAUGCGUAUGUAUGUUUAACUUGUAAGGCAAGGUGCUGGACCACAAUUGAUGAUGAUCCGGAUUUAAAGAUAGUAGGUGUUUCUUUGAUAAGGUCACUGGUAUAUUUUGUUUAUUACAUUGUCUUUGUAUGCCUAGUUACUGUAUUUGUAAGUGAAUAUGGUCUAUAUGGCCCAGAGGGAUUGAAUGACCUGAUGUCAGUGACGUUGUUUUACGGUUGGCUGGUAACGUUUGCCUUUGCAAAAGGAAUACAAGAAAUUCAUUUCUUUCUGAGCAUAAUAUUCAAGGAUAUUCUUUUCGAUGUCUUGAAGACCGUUCUAGUAUAUGUAGUCAUUCUCGUUGCUUUUACUCUUGCAUUACAUUCACAGUUUCUGGUGUCUGGUGACAUUGUUAAACUUUACCAAACACCUAUCAAUACAAUGUUCCUACUGUUUAAUGUCAUGAUGGGAAUGACGGAAAUGUGGGAUGGGGACUUGGAGAACCAUCUGGAGAAGGCGGGGGCGGCUCCAGUGUUCAGUAAGCUUCUGUACAUUGGCUAUAUAGUUCUUGUUACUAUCAUGCUGUUGAACCUUCUGAUAGCCAUGAUGAAUAAAUCCUACUCCCGUUUCGACUUUGAACAUCCAGUCGCGUGGAGGGUUGAAGCCAUCCAGAUGGGAAUCAACAUUGAGAGAUCUUUGCCGUGGUUGUCUAGAAUAUUGGGUACCCGCCACAUUUGCAAAGGUGGCAUCUUCGACAAAACGAAGGAUGAAUGUUCAUCGUGGUACAUUGAGAUACAAUAUGAAGAUGACGAAGAUAUGGACAGUGAUAGUAAACGACCUGACAAGGAAAUGACAUUGAGACAAAUGGGUGAAAAGCUGACCUCAAUAGAGAAAUCCAUUGCAGGUUUGAAACCGGAAACGGAAAGGAAAGACCAAUGUACCCAAACCCCGCCUCUCUCAAAAGAUAAAGAGAUAUAUUCUCUCAGUCCACGGUUUCGUGUCUCGAAUGCUUGGAUUUCGGAAUCUGGAACAACUAGAACAAACAAUUUUGAACUUGUCAGUGAUGAGAUGAUAUGUUGAAGAACUCCUCCAGCAAUGGUCGAUCUCAGCUGCAUCAGCUAAUUAUGAUGAGUGAGUGAGUGGGUGAGUGAGUAUAGUUUUACGCCGCUUUUAUCAAUAUUCCAGCAAUAUCACGGAGGGGGACACCAGAAAUGGGCUUCACACAUUGUACCCAUGUCGGGAAUCGAACCCGGGUCUUCGGCGUGACGAGCGAACGCUUUAACCACUAGGCUACCCGACCGCCCCCUAAUUAUGAUGACUAAGUAUUUGUUAUCAUAAGUGUGUUUGUUUGUUGUUUAACAUCGCAUUCGGCAAUAUUCCAGCUAUAUGACGGCGGUCUGUAAAUAAUCGAGUUGGGACCAGACAAUCCAGUGAUUGACAUCAUGAGCAUCGAUCCACGCAAUUGGGAUCCAUGACAGCGAGCCUGACCACCCGAUCCCGUUAGUCGCCUCUUACGACAAGCACAGUCGCUACUACUAUCUUGUUAAUAAGUACAUUGUAUAAUAUGUUGCAUUAGUUGUCGUUUGUUAUGAUCCUUUUUGUCUUAAAAUAUCUGAAUGUGGGCAUGCAAAUAUUUAAUCCUUUAUAUUGCUACACAAGAUUGGAUGUGGAUCGGUUGUCCGUUUAUGCUGGAUACUUUGCUUUAGUUAUAUUGAGAUUGUGAUUAGUUUGUUUUCAUGGUCAGAUCAGAGUCAUUCAUUCAAACAGGACAAUGGUAUUGAGCAAAUUGAUUUUUCUCUUUCAUGUGGCAUGUGUUUAUGUGGUCGAAAUGGUAUGUUUUUUUACAGUUGUUGAAUUCAUGGGCGCGUGUGCAUGUAAAUAAA